GUGACAGGAAAAGGCUGAGCCUUAGGCAACAGCAGGGAAUGGGCACCCACCCCUUCCCUCCACCUGCGGCACAGGCCGGGCUGGAGGUCGAUCACCCAGGACCCUGCAGGAGCCAAUGAGCAACAGAAAGAGCCUAAAAUCUCCAUUGGUGUUCAUGGGUGCACUGACUGUGAGGGCAUGAAACCCCCGGGAUGCCUUUGUUGGGGGUCCCUCCCGGAGUCCCACCGCUGUACUGCUCAAUUACUGCACCGCUUGUUCCUGAACUCGGAUGUCAGACACCGCUGCGGGAAACCUGAGGCCAAGAAAAAAUUUAAGAACCGUCCCCUCUGCCGUGGAGCAGCCAGAGCCGGCAGCGUGGGCCGGGAAAAGGAAAGUGAAAGCCGGAGCCGCUUUCGGUUUCGGCGCCGGGCCGCGAUGGCGGAGCCGGGGGCGCCCAUGCGGCUGAAGGAGUGGCUGAUCGCGCAGAUCGACAGCGGCCGGUACCCGGGGCUGCGCUGGGAGAACCGGCACCGGACGCUCUUCCGCAUCCCCUGGAAGCACGCGGCCAAGCAGGAUUACCGGCAGCAGCAGGACGCCGCACUCUUCAAGGCUUGGGCCAUCUACAAAGGGAAGUACCAGGAAGGGACGGACAAGGCUGAUCCCUCCACCUGGAAGACUCGUCUCCGCUGUGCCCUCAACAAGAGCACCGACUUCCAGGAGGUGCCUGAGCGGAGCCAGCUGGAUAUCUCUGAGCCUUACAAGGUGUACCAGAUCGUGACUGACAGAGCCUGUGAUGCAGAGGACAGUGACACCCAGUCCCCAGGCAGUGAGGACCAGCAGGGCAGCACUGCAGGGAGUCUAAAGAAGGAGGAAAGCCAGAAAGACACACUGGAGACAGACCACGGAUCUCCACAGCCCCUGCUCUCUGCCCAUCCAACUGAGAGAGGGUACCUCGUGAGGGGAGUCUUCUACAGCUGGAACCCAACCCAUGGCCAGUUCCUCCCUAGACCCCAGUCCUACGUCCCUGUGGAAGAUGUCAACAACUCAGAUUGCUGGCUCCACAUCCGCCUCUACUACUGCGACGUGCUGGUGAAGGAGGUGACCACCCGCACGGCCGAGGGCUGUCGCCUCACCAGCAGUGCCGUGCCGGCCGACAGCGAGCGCCUCUACGGCCCCUCCUGCAUGGAGCAGACGAGUUCCCCCGCCCCGCAGGCUCUCAGUGCCACGGCCAACGCGGCCGCCAUGGCCAACGUGCUGGAGCGGCUCCUGCCCCACCUGGAGCGCGGGGUGCUGCUGUGGGUAGCGCCCGAGGGGGUCUUCAUGAAGCGCCAGUGCCAGGGCAGGGUGUACUGGAACGGGCCACUGGCCCCACACAGGAACUGGCCCAACAAGCUGGAGAGGGAGAAGACCUACAAGCUGCUGGACACGCAGCAGUACCUGCAGCAGCUGCGGGAGUACCUGAGCAAUGGGCAGCUCAUGCCACAGUACCAGAUCCACCUGUGCUUCGGGGAGGAAUACCCCACCAGAGCCGGGCACCCCUUCCAGAAGCUCAUCAUGGCCCACGUGGAGCCGGUGUUCGCACGGGAGCUCUUCCAUCACGCCCAGCGCUUGAGGCCAACGCUGCUCCGCAACUCCCCCCAGCCCUGUGCCCCUGGCACCUCCAGCCACGUUAUUCAUGUCCUCAAACAGCUCUGCCAGCCCUGAGCCGGGCAGGAGACGAGAGCUCAGUCACCAUAAAGUCUCAGAGCAGGAGGCUCUGAGCCCCAUGGCCUUACUCCAGCUGUGUGUCCUGAGGCAGAGUGCACGGGGUGCUCAGCAUGAGGAACCAGAUGCAGGCAGGUUCUGGUCAGGGUGGGCAGGCACUGCUGCCCUCGUGAGUGCUGUAUUUAUUGCCCAGGAGGUCCCCAGGUGGGAUUUGCUGUGUGCCUGUUCAGCCAGUUGGGGCAGAGCCAGCUCCAUCCUUGCACCACUGGGACUUGCCAUUUGUGAAACUUAGAAAUAAAGGUUGUGUUUUAGUACC